GUAGGCUUCAAUGAAAAUGAUACAACAGCUGCUGCUGUACCUCUUGGCAAUAAACAUACGCAGCAUCUUUGCAUCCUGCAGCGUUACAAGGAUCAUUAUGCGUGUGCCCCGAGAGCAUGAUAUAGGUCUAUUGUUUGAUCUAAAAGUGUUCAAUAGAAAAACAGAAAAAUCGCAAGUGCUGGACUUUUCAGUUAGUGCAGAAGAGAUUUGCACCUUGAACACGACAAAUGGAGAGCAGGUGCUGGCUGGUAACAUCUUUGGGGGAGACUUUGGCUCCAUUGAGCCGGGCAGCAGCAUUACAGUCUCUUUGGUGUGGCCCACUGUGUCGCUUUACAAUCGCGUCGGCAGUUGCCCCAUCGUCGUCAGCAGUGUCAAUCAUCUGAAUGAGGUCAAUAAGACGAAACAGAUACUCUACUUUGAUACCCGUUUCGAGACAUUGGAUCCGGGUAACCAUUCGCUGCGUAGACGCAAGGACUUUAAUGAUUGUAAGAACUGGGAUAAGAAUUAUUUCCGAAAUUGCACUCCGCUUAAUUGUGAGGAACUUUAUUUUGGCAAGCGGAGCUAUUACAAUCGAACAACGGAACAAUGCGAACCAGCUCCAGCUUGCAUUGGGGAUGGCAUCCAAUAUGAUUUUUAUGCCAACGAGUGUGUGGACACAAACAAUUUUAUAACAGACGACGAAAUUGAGCAGCUUAAACAGGGCAAAUUCGAUAAUAAUUAUAUGGAGCUACACGAAUAUAGAACAAGCCAAACGAAUGAACAAAAACAAGCAAAAUUAAAUAAAAAGUCUGUGCCUAAUACGAAAAAUGAAAGUACCAAAGAACAACCAAGAGAGUGCAAUAUUGGGACAAAACUGUCACUUGUUGAUUUCAACAAUUGCUUUCAGCACUUAAACGACCCGAAAGUAGAAGAACAUACAAAAGCUCAAGAACAUCAUCUGACUGAUAAUAACAAAGUUAGGAAAAAAUCAACAAUAACUUCAAUACUGAAGAGUUUCUACUACGAUUGGUACUUGCCAUUGAAAGCAGAAAGGGAGAUCGAGAGCGAGAGCGAAAAUGAAUCCACUGAGGCAAAUACAACAAUUACAAAAGAGCGUCCUUCGUCAGGAUCAGGGUCAAAAUGGAGCAGGCUAGGCGGUCUACACCUAGUGGAAUGGAUCAGUCUAAUACUGGAAAUGCUGCUCAUUCUCUUUUUGGUCAUUAUAUUUCAGAUAUUAGCCACUACAGUCACCUACGUAGUUGUGUGCCUUUCCCUCUACGGCCUAAUGGAACUAAUAGCCACGAUGAAGCCGUACGCUGUGAGCGGUGCCCAUAUAGGUAAAAAGCUGACGCCUCGACAUAAAGAAUCAAGUCAUGAAGUUAUGACUUCAGCUAGUUUAAUGUCACUAUUGAAAUGAAUGUUACAUUGUUCAAAUUUCUAUUUUUUGUAUUCAAGUUUCUAUUCUUUCUCAAAAAAUAAUAAGACC